UUUUUUCAAGCUUAGCACCAGAGAUUUUUGGGGUGGUGGCUGCUUGGUUUACAGGUUUGGAGUUCCACCAAGUUAUUUGAGGACACUGAUUUGAAGGAAUUCUCCUAAUUUACAAACUAUCGCAACUUGGGCCCCCCAAUCUAGGCUUCAAACCUUGUUUUUCCCCGUUGGGAAAACAAGUUCACUCAACAAAAUAGUGAUUUACCAGCUAACCGACAAGCUACAAUUUGAGCUAGCUACUGUAGCUUGCUAGCUGAGAAAGGCGUCGAUGCAGGCCAUCAAGUGUGUUGUAGUGGGGGACGGAGCUGUGGGGAAAACAUGCCUGCUCAUCAGCUACACCACCAACGCGUUUCCCGGGGAAUACAUCCCCACAGUCUUUGACAACUACUCUGCCAAUGUGAUGGUCGAUGGGAAACCAGUGAAUCUGGGUCUAUGGGAUACAGCAGGACAGGAAGACUACGACAGGCUCAGACCACUGUCCUAUCCACAGACGGAUGUGUUCUUGAUUUGCUUCUCCCUUGUGAGUCCUGCCUCCUUUGAAAACGUCCGUGCCAAGUGGUACCCAGAGGUGAGACACCACUGCCCCAACACCCCCAUCAUCCUGGUGGGCACCAAGCUGGAUCUGAGAGACGACAAGGACACCAUCGAGAAGCUGAAGGAGAAGAAACUCACCCCCAUCACCUACCCCCAGGGCCUGGCCAUGGCCAAAGAGAUUGGAGCAGUAAAGUACCUGGAAUGCUCAGCCUUGACACAGCGCGGCCUUAAGACAGUGUUUGACGAAGCCAUCCGGGCAGUCCUGUGCCCCCCACCCGUCAAGAAGAGGAAGAGGAAGUGCUCACUACUCUAAAUGCCGCAGACAGGAAGAAGGAAGUCACGCUGCAGUCUUAGCGCACCUAUUGGUUGGGGGAAUUAAGAAUAGGGUGGGGGAGUGUCUUAGGAGGAAGGGGGAGGAUUCUACAAAAAGCAUAUGUAUCCAGAUGUUAUUUUUUUCUCUCUCGUAUUGUAAUUAGUAAAUACUACUUAAAUAUGAUUGAUAUUAUUAAAUGAAUAUUAGAAUAAACUAUUCAGCUCUAGGAAGAAGGGGGUUGGACACGCCCUACAUGUUUCCCCUACACUAAGAAAUUCCUGCUGCCUUCAAAAAUGUAGCUUUUUAUUUUUUGGGAAAGUGUUCCUGGAAGAUAAUACUAAUUGCUCUUUUCAAUUUCGGUCUCUUUCCACUCUUCUCAAGAGUCCAUAUUGUUUGUUUACAGACUUCAAUGAAUUGUGUAGAAUUGAGGUGUUGCCAAAAUUCCUACUGCAUAUAACGGUCAUCACUUUCUAGGGGCUCCGUGGACACUACAUGGAAUGAUUUCUUGUUUUUUCUCCUGUACAAUGUGUGCGACCGUAAUUUGCUAAAUCUUGACAGAACGGUUUAUAGCUCAAGAGAAAUCUAAAUAAACUUUUUUUUUUAUCAUAAUCGUUGUAAUAGCUGUUAAGUUCUAUAAUCAUAGUCAAUGUAGAUCAAGUGAGUUUAGAUCAAUCAUUUCCCCUCAGGUGAAAUUUAUCCACCUUCGAAUACAUUGUCAAAACAACUGAAGUCAGUCAUGAUUAAUAGCUAUCACUUUAUACCUAGGUGGAUUAAAUGCUUAUUAGAUCAAUCUAAAUCUCCACUUGUUGUACUUGGUGCUCCCCCUUGGUCUGAGAAAAUAUCCAGUAUUUUACAUUCUACAGGUGUCUAGACUAGAGCCUGACCCAGGUGUAUAGGAGAACCUGACCCAGGUGUACAGGAGAACCUGACCCAGGAGUGUAGGAGAACCUGACCCAGGUGUAUAGGAGAACCUGCUAGAAAAAGGAUGGAGAAUGUUUUUUUUUAUCAGACUUUUAUUUAGAUGGAUCCCUCUUGUUGGAUUAAACAACAGUUUCAAACCGUGAGUGUUACUGUACGUAAAUACAUCCAUUUGUACGAGUAUUGUCAGUAAUGAAACUGUACUGCGUAGUCCACCAGCUUUACACUCCAGACACCUGCACGCGCCAUGACCUUCUCGUUAUAGGCCUUGUUUGUUGUAUGGUAGAAUCUAGGCCUGUAUUCAAUGUCAUUCCCUUUUAACGGAUUCUGUCAGCAGUUGCCAUCUAUCUAGACCUUUUUAACGUCUAGUUCAAGUGUGAAGAAUCUGGAGUUUGCUACUCGAAAGGUAGUUGUUGCUGACUUGUUUUAACAUCAAGCUUUGUCAUUAACAUGAUGCUAUGUAAACGUUACUGUGGGAUUUUUUUCAUCACAGCUACCUAUUACUGUAUCACUAAACUAUGAGCAAUUUAAUAGUGUUCAGAAGAAGACUAUGUAUUUUACAGUAGCUUCUAAUGGCUGUACUUACAUUUAACAUUUUAGUCAUUUAGCAGACGCUCCAGAGUGACUUACAGGAGCAAUUAGGGUUAAGUGCCUUGCUCAAGGGCACAUCGACAGAUUUGUCACCUAGUCGGCUCGGGGAUUAGAACCAGCGACCUUUCGGUUACUGGCACAACACUCUUAACCACUAAGCUACCUGUACAGUAGUUCAGUGAUAUUCAGUUCAGUAACAGUGACUAUUUUCAAAGUACUCUUUAUUUUUGACUGAGUGAGAGGCUGUUGCUCUGAGGUAUUACCAGUGUACUAAUGAAUGGCACAAUGAGAGAAAGGAUACUUGAUUUUUCUUCUGGUUUUAUUUGGAAAUGAUAAUAGUGGUUAAUCUGCUGAAAAAAAAAAAAAAAAAACAAAUAAAAUCUUUUAAAAUCUUU